UGUACAUUUAGAGGACGCUAAAGUUGCUAUGGAGGACAGUAAAUCUGACAAGUUUUCAAUUUUGCUUCCAACAUAUAAUGAAAAAGAGAAUUUACCUAUAAUUGUGUGGCUUAUUUCAAAAUAUAUGGAUGAAUGUGGAUAUGACUUUGAAAUAAUUAUCAUUGAUGAUGGAAGUCCAGAUGGGACUCUUGAAGUAGCCCAGCAGCUUGAGAAGAUCUAUGGAAAAGAUAAAAUUGUUUUAAGGCCACGAGAGAAGAAAUUAGGACUGGGAACAGCCUACGUUCAUGGAAUUAAUCAUGCAAGUGGUAAUUUUGUGAUCAUCAUGGAUGCUGAUCUAUCUCAUCAUCCAAAAUUCAUUCCAGAAUUUAUCAGAAAGCAACAAGAAAAAGAUUUUGAUAUUGUGUCAGGCACACGAUAUUUAGGUAGUGGUGGUGUGUAUGGAUGGGACUUGAAGAGAAAAGUUAUCAGCCGAGGGGCCAACCUUCUCACUCAGAUUCUUCUUCGUCCAGGAGUGUCAGAUUUGACUGGUAGCUUUAGACUGUACAAGAAGGAUGUUCUACGAAAGCUAGUAGACUCAUGCAUAUCAAAAGGUUAUGUGUUUCAGAUGGAAAUGAUUGUCAGGGCAAGACAACAUGGUUAUUCAAUUGGAGAGGUUCCCAUUAGUUUUGUUGAUCGUGUGUAUGGAGAGUCCAAGCUUGGGGGAAAUGAAAUUGUCCACUUCGCUUCUGGACUUCUGUAUCUUUUUGCCACCACAUAGAAUCAAUAAAAUUCUGUAAAUAAAGACAAUAUGCACAGGAA